UUUGCAUGUAUAUAUAAGCGUUUAGAGGUUAUGAGGUUUGAUAACUUAAAAUAAACACCAUAAGAAGAGACAAAUAAGGAGUUUAUGAUCAUAUUCUCAUAUACCCUUUUAUGUUCUUUGUCAAUAUGUCUCUCCUAUCCCCCAUUGACUUGCAGAGAAUUUUUAAGAAGCUUGACAUGAAUGGUGAUGGCUUUGUGAGCCUUGAAGAGCUCAAUUGGCUGCUUCAGAAAAUAGGUAAUUCACAGUUUAGCUUAGAAGAGCUAGAAUCUCUCGUGGGAAAGAGUAGCCUCGACUUCAAUGAGUUCUCAUUCUUUUACAACUCCAUAUCGAAGGAGAUCAAGGGUGAGAGCAGUGAUGAUAAUGAUGGUGAUGAUACAAAGGAGGAGCUGGAGAAGGACCUUGUCAAAACAUUUGAGGUGUUUGAUUUGGAUGGGGAUGGAUUCAUCACCAGCCAAGAGCUUGAAUCUGUGUUGAAGAGGCUUGGCUUUUGGGAUGAAAGAAGUUGCAAGGAUUGUAGAAGCAUGAUUUUCUUGUAUGACACCAAUUUGGACGGAAGGCUUGAUUUUGAGGAAUUCAAGAACAUGAUGUUACUUACCACUGCGUGAUUCCUUUAAUUUUGUCCUGAAAACUUUAUUGUAAAUCCAUUAUGUUAUCAUCAUUUGCAUGAUCUGCUAGCUUUUUUUUUUCUUAAUACCAACCCAAUUUAUCUCUUUGAGGCGAGUCGGUUCCCUGAAUAUCUCUACAAGUUUCAACUCUUUGAGCUGAUCAUAGCUCUUAUCUCGAAUUGGGACUUAGUCACAAUUGAAACUCAUCACCCCUCUCCAAAGAUGUAUUUUGUGGAAAUACAAUAGUGGUACUAAGGUUCUAAGAUAUGAC